AUGAGAGCUGAGUCGAUUCUUGAGCCACUUUACAAGAAACUUUCCACUUUCUCCGAGCUUUGUGCAACCAAUUGUGGUCCGAAGUCUAGAUCGAAGUCGCCCACUGCCAUCUUGUCUUCACUCAAUGAGUUCAUUAAAUCCGUUGAACAUCAUUGCGCUUUCAUCUCGGGAGAGAAUUCCGCGCUGCAAACGGAGAUCCGUGUUGCAUUAACGGAUGUGCUGGACACUGGUAAACUCUUCCAUACUUCGGUUUCACACUUUACAAAUGUCCCAACGGAUAUUUCUGUGCACGAGGAGGUCCAUCGAGCUGGAACUGCUCUUCUGAGCUCCCUGAGCCGCUUAUUGAUCUUGGCUGAGCUUGCUGACGUUACUGCCAUAGACGGAUUAUUGCAACAAUUUGCGGAUUCCAUCAAGCAUGUUGUCGAGGCAUCAUCUUCUAAGGCCUGUUUACACCAUCCCCGCCACCUCGCUGCUCAAACCGCCAAGCAUUUUGCCUCUCAAUCCCUGUACGAUGCGCUUUUCUCGAUUCAACUGAUGCUGGAUGAUAAUCAGAAAUCUUCCAACGUUAGACUAAGAGUCAGCGGCGGGCUUCUGAACGAAAUUGAAGGGUUUGAGAAUAGCAUCUUGAUGGAUGUCGAAAAUUUUGAUGACAAUCGGGCAAGAGCGCAACUGGAGAAUUGCCUGAAGGGUCUUUUGCCCUCCGUUUAUCGAUUAGCUGAUGCACCUCUAACGCAGGCGUCUCAAAAGGACACCGUGUACUCUCAAUGCAUGCAACUGCGACAGGCUCUCAACAGCUUGCUUGCCGAAUAUGGCCAAAAGCCGAUUGUUCGUUCUUCUCUGGACUCGGCAAUCCAACGUUUGUUCAAUGUAACCGGACGUUUAAAACAAUUGCUUGUUCGUAUUGCAAUCGAUCACACCACGCAAACUUUGUUGGAGAGAGAUCAACGUCUGAUGGCUGUCGGAGACGCAACACAGUUCGGUAACGAGAAACUCAUGGAUUCAGCAUGUCAACAUCUUCAAGAUCAUUCAGCCGCGAUGGUCGCAGGGGCCUAUGAACUGUGCUCGUUGACUUCUAACGAAGACUCCUCGUGGCUCGCCCAGUUAGCUUGUAGCCAGUUGGAACAAUUAUGUCCCCAAGUGAUCAGCACAGCUUACUUGCUUUUUAAGUACCCGCAUUCCAAAUCAGUCGAAGCUACCUUUGAGGCUUUCCAGACAGCGUAUAGGAAUGCGAUGCAAAUUCUUUAUUCCUCCUUGUCUGAACUCACAAAUGUGCAUGAUUUUCUCGCCUUGAUGGACGAUCAAAUGACGUGUGAUUUUGAGCAAAGCUUGCAAGCUCUGUCGGAGAGACGUGAAGACGGUCUCCGGCAGACCUCGUUUUCCAUGCAACGACGCGCCUCACAUACGUGCGAACUGGUCUCGCGUAAAGUAGCCGCACGCGCAAGUGAUUCGCAUUAUUCCGCCCACGUGCUGGAACAAGUCACGGCUCUACAAGACAAGUACACUCCGCACUUCAUUGAAGUCUCACGAGAUGCGUUGAGCCGAUUGGCUGCAAAUCAACCGCCUGACGAGAUGCGUUUCAAAGCAGCUGGCCGCAAUCUGUGCCAAGCGCUACACACUAUGCGCCUUGUUGUUUUAAACGAAACCGGCUUACCAUCGGACUUUGAGGCACUUAGGUCCCACGAAUCAAGCAGUCGCCUUCACUAUCCGUCUGGUGCUUCGGAUAUCGUCAGAUUGCCUGUCAGCCAGAGGGAAAGAUUCACUCCGUUCGAUCAUCUCACCAAUACUGAAUUGGAAACGACACUCCAGUUGGCAUUCGCUUUUCUCGAUGCGGAAAACAGUUUGAUCGGUGAUACGGCACCUCUGACUACUCCCGUGUCCCCAGCGACGACAACCCAUUUUUCUCAGGAAAACCAGCAAUCCGAGCGCCAGACAUCGUUCGCUAUGCCCAUCGACCAAGAGCAUGAGUCUCUGGCUCAAGAAUUUGCAGGUUUUCUAGAGGAGAAGAAACGUUUUAUGCGGGAAGUAAUCAAGUGGGAUGAUUCAGCAAAUGAAAUCGUUGUGCUAGCCAAAAAGAUGUGCGUCAUCAUGAUGGAAAUGACGGAUUUCACUCGUGGCAAAGGACCUUUGCAUUCCACCAUGGAAGUCAUUCAGGCUGCUCAACAAAUUUCUCAUCUCGGUGAACGACUCGAUCAACUAUGUCGUAACAUCGCCGACAUUUGUCCCGAUUCGGCAAGUCGAAGGGAUCUGCUGGCCUAUCUCCAACGCAUCAUUCUCCAUUGUCACCAACUGAACAUCACUAGUCGUGUAAAGGCGGGUAUCCAUGCCACCCGGAAUGAAGCGGUCGACAAUGCUACCGCUCUUAUCCAGGCAGCGAAAAACUUGAUGACGGCAGUAGUUCUGACGGUCAAAGAGAGUUACAUAGUUUCAACCAAGUGUCACGUUCCCAAUCGACAGCCAAUCGUGCACUGGCGAAUGCAUGCCCCUAUAAAAAAACCACUGGUCGAACCCGACCUUUCCGCAACUGAGGAUUCACCUUUGGCUAGAUGUGGGGUCGCCGGAAAUUCCAUCAACCAAUCUGACCCAUUAAAUGAAUUGUCCCAAUUCGAUCACAUGGCCAUCUCUUGA